CUGAAAACCAGAAUCACAUUCACAAAGUUGUCUCUUAAUUCAAUGGGGGACCAAUCCUCUGCAACUCUAUAAAUUCUUGCCACCAACAGAAACCAUUAACCCUCAUCUCAAAACACCACCCAACACCCAAAAUGGCCUACGCCUUGAUUACAAUUCUACUCCUAGCCAUUUACCACCACACGGCCCAAAGUGCAGCAGCACCACCAGCAACCACAGCUCCACCAUCAAUGCUGCCACCAGCAGCCAGAGACUUCCUCCAAGCCCACAACCAAGCAAGAGCUGCAGUAGGUGUCGCACCUCUCAAAUGGAGCCAACAACUAGCCAAUGCUUCAAGUCUCAUCGCAAGGUACCAAAGGAACAAAAUGGGUUGUCAGUUCGCAAACCUGACAAACCACAAGUACGGAGCAAACCAGUUAUGGGGUAGCGGAGCCGCCGUGACGCCGCUCAUGGCGGUGGAAACUUGGGUAAAAGAGAAAGAUUAUUAUGACUAUGGGACUAAUACUUGUGCACCGAAUCAUAAAUGUGGUGUUUAUACUCAAGUUGUUUGGAAGAAUUCUUCGGAUUUGGGUUGCUCACAAGCUACAUGCAAGGAUCAAGUUACUUUAACUAUUUGUUUUUAUAAUCCUCCUGGUAAUUAUAUAGGUGAGAAACCAUACUAGAACAAAACCAGCUAUAUAUAUGUGUGUGUGUAUGUAUAGCUUGUUGCAGGAUCUGAUCUGAUCUGAUCUGAGAGUUAUUCUGGGAAAUUUCUUGAUUAUGUAGGCAAGUAGGUAACAAUGUUGUAUCAUCUUAAAUCCAUAACUUUGGAUCUAAAUAAAAACCAGUUCUGAA